AUGGCAGGGUCAUCAACACAUAGCAGCCCGCUCUCUGGCCAAACCGCAAUCUCCGAUACUGAGAGCCAGUGGCUUCACAAAGUCGCAGUCUGGUGCAAGGGAGAGUUCGACGGGGAAACUCGGGUUGGAUUUUGGCAUCCAGAACUGAGAGCCAUCAGGAGCAGGGUUAGAAAAGAAUGGACACAAACGACACUGAUACUCUGCAUGUGUAUUCUGGGUGUGCUCUCACUUUUCUGGGGCUCACUGUAUACGGUCCGUAACCACCUUCAUACCCUUGAUGUGUGGAUUGUCGAUUUCGAUGGCAGAGUCGCGCCUGCUGUGAACGAGACAAGCUCCCAAAUCGUAGGCUCCACCAUUAUAGAGACAGCAAGGGCAAGAGAAGCGUCUCCGCAGCCUCACAUCAGCUACCACAUUAAGCUCGCAGCUGAUUUCGACUAUGACCCGAUGAAAGUGAGGGAGGCCAUAUACAACAACAAGGCCUUUUCUGCCAUCAUUGUCAAUCCGAAUGCAUCGAGCCUGCUUCGCCAGGCCGUCACACGGGGCGACGCAUUGUAUGAUCCCAAGCACGCUUGCCAAACGAUCUAUGUCGAAGCUCGUGAUCAGGUAGCCAUAAACAGCUAUAUCAUACCGGAGCUGAACGCUUUCCAGCACCGUGUGUCUUCCGCCUUUGCCGACGGAUGGAUUCCAGAAGUUCUGGGACUGAUCGCCAACGGGACCACCCUUACAACGCUUCCCCCACAGACACUGUCCCCUGCAAUUGGCUUUACCACAAUCAAUCUUCGCCCCUUCGGUCCAUCACAAGUCCUACCAGCGGUGACCGUUGGGCUUAUUUAUCUCAUUAUCAUCGCCUUUUUCUCAUACACCUUCUUUCUACCUACUCAUACCCUCUUCACGGCUCAGUGCAGCCCAGGCUCGGACACGUAUCAUCGCAAACUUUACUUCGGCCAGUUGGUAUUCUGGAAGUAUAUGUCCACCUUCAUUGCGUACGCGUUCAUGUCGCUUUCCUACUCAUUCGUGAGCCUAGCCUUUCAAAUUCCGUUCUCUGGUCAGUCAUAUUCCCAUGUGGACCCGCCUCCAGCAGGGAUGUCAGUCAAUGGAUAUGGGCAUGCAUCGUUUGUCGUAUAUUGGGCCAUCAAUUAUCUCGGCAUGUGUGCACUUGGUUUUGCGUGUGAAAACGUGGCAAUGGUCGUUGGACAGCCAUUCACGGCAAUCUGGCUGAUCUUUUGGGUCAUCUCCAAUGUGUGCACAGCAUUCUACCCUCUUGAGCUGGCAGCCGGAGUGUACGGUUACGGCCUUUUCUUUCCGCUUUACAACGUGGUCAAGGCAACGCGGGUUGUACUCUUUGAUCUUACCCCUGAGCACAUGGGACGACAUAUUGGGAUCCUAGUGGCAUGGUGGGUUGUGAAUACCUCGGUGUUUCCCCUUGCCGCACGAGUUUUCAGGUGGAAAACUUGUCAGCGACUGGCUGAGGGAGCGCGCAAAGCCCAAGAACGACGUUUGGAAAACCAGACGCUGGAUCUAGAGAAGGCUGCGAGCGCGUCAUCAGACGGAAGGGGCAGUGAUGUGAGGCCUGAAGCGCGAGCAGACCUGGGUAGCCUGCGCACUAGUGAAAGCGAGAGGAGUUAA